CAGACCUCGAGCGUCCCCGCCGGAGGUGGGUUGUGCGUCCGCGCUGUCGUGGUCGCUGCGCUCCCGAACCAUGGCGCUCGCCGUCCGAGUCGUUUACUGUGGCGCUUGAGGCUACAAGCCCAAGUAUCUUCAGCUGAAGAAGAAGCUAGAAGAUGAGUUCCCCGGACGCCUGGACAUCUGUGGCGAGGGGACACCCCAGGUCACCGGGUUCUUUGAAGUGACAGUAGCAGGGAAGUUGGUUCACUCCAAGAAGGGAGGUGAUGGCUUCGUGGACACGGAGAGCAAGUUUCUGAAGCUGGUGGCCGCCAUCAAAGCCGCCUUGGCUCAGGGCUGAUGCGCCCUGAAGGCAGAGUCCAGCGGCCUUGGCCCGGCCCCCCUCGGCAGCUGCUUCAUGACGGGAAGGGCUGAAAUCUCCCCUGGACGCCUGGUCUUUCCCUGAGGUUCUCGCAGACGCCGGGUGGGGCAGAGAUCGACGCCCCUGGACUUUGCCUGUGUGUGUGUGAGUGUGUGUCUGUGUCCCGGGAGUCUGGCUUUGCACGCUGGCCCUGCUCCUUCCUCUCCUUGACUUGUCCCCAGCUCCCUGCAUCCCCCGUGUCCCCCCGUCUUCCCUUGGGCGUGUGGGAUGGUCCUGCUCCAGGCUUCCUUCUCAACGGGGAGCUGAGAGAGGGACCAGGAUGAGUGAAUCUCAGAACUCAGCAACGACCGCAACGUUCACAAUUCAGUAAACACUGGAUGAGUUCAGCAAAACGUGCCUGUGUCUGCGUGCG